UGGAGUCGGGAAGCCUUUGCGUGCUUUUAAUUUCAGCUUCCAAUAAAUGCAGAUUAUUAAGAGCCCGGCAGGUUCUCCGUUUUAGGGCAACAGAUGCAUGAUUUGAGAUUAGGUUUAUAAUAGCAAGCCACUAAUGUUUUAGUUCUCGGUCCUCCCACGUGACCUGAAAGAAUAGCUGGCUGGAGAAUUCUGGGAGUUGAAGUCCACAAGUCUUAAAGCUGCCAAGUUUGAAGACCUCUGUUCUAAAUAAAGUAUCUGGAACCAGGUGAACGGGAGAGAAAAUACCUGGAGAUUUUAUGUGAACAAUUUCAAACUUUCUUAAUGGAAGAGGCUCCCAAACCAACAUUUCAGGAUGAACUGGAAUGGUGCAUCACUCAACUGGAGACUGGUCUUUUGCGUCUUAAUCCAACUCCAAAACAAGCCGAUGAGACACACCACAUCCUUCGAGUAUUGCGCUCCCGUAAAGCUCCCCUUGUGAAGAAGCGGCAAAUGAUGCACCGUGUCUUUGGAGAUUACCGUCUCAAAAUGGCUGAAGAAAACGAGAGAACAGCAAAAGCUGGUGUGACACCCAUGCAGGUAGAAAUUCAACAAGGAAACAGCCUGCCUUUGGGCAGUGUGGUGUACAGGAAGCAGCCAUCCGACAGUCCUUCUGCAGCUUCAACUUCAUUGCUUGCAUCGUCAGAUAAUAGCUUUCAGUUUAACUUUGUCCUGCCUGAAAGAACCACAGAAGAAACAGAUAGAAGCGCAGCAGAAGAAAAUGGGUUGGGUGACUUGAGAGAACAAUCUACUGGUAAUGGCCUCUCUAGGAUGCUGGACUUCUCCACUGGAACACAGCAGUCUGGCUUUGCUUUCAAUUUCACCAUCCCAGAUGCUUCCUCGCCUUCAGGUGAUGCCAUAGAUCCUGGCUCUGGAGCUUCAACAGAAGCAGCUCCAGAGAGAGGCAACUCAUCCAAAAAAGCUAUGGUGACCACAGAGAGAUCAGCCUCUUCACAAUCUGAUAGAACUGACGGGAAGGAUUGUGUAAGUAGACACGGUGAAGGACAUCCUGUACAAGAGGUGCCAAGAUUGGAAGCCACCCAAGAAGCUUCAACAGAGGUUGCAGAAGAGAAAUUGGUGGUGGCAGCUGGUGGACCAUCUAAGAGAAAAAAGAAAAAGAAAUCCCCACCGUCAAAAGUAGCACAGGUUGACAAAGGACGCGGAGACAACAAGCUUGGUGGUCAAGGAACAUCUGAACAAGCUGAGAUGUUACAGCCAGAUGAUCAAUUGAAGAGGGAGGUAGACUGGUGUGUGGAACAGCUGGAACUCGGCUUGAAGACUCAAAAAUCCUCCCCAAAACAGACGGAGGAAGCUCUCCGCGCCAUCAAGACGUUGCGCAGCAAAAAAGCAGUGUUGGCGAAGAAACGUCAAGUGAUGCGUCUGAUGUUCGGCGACUACCGAGCAAAAAUGGCAGAGGAAAGGCAGAAGCAGCUGAAGCUCUUGCAAGCAGCUUCAAAAGCAGCUCACAUCACAGAGGUGAACGAAGAGGCUCAGAAGAAGAGAAGCCAGGUAUUCAGAAAGUCUGCAGAAGGAACCAGAACCUGCAAGAACCUUCAAGAACCUUCUUGCUGUCAACCACCAGCUUGUCUCGGAUCAAGAGACCCUUCCUCUUUUAAAUUCAGACCAUCGCAAGAGGAAUUCUGCUUUAACUUUUUCUAAGCAAUCGUUUUGGGCCCCAGGAUACUGAGCUCCUUUGGGGGGGGGCAGGAGAAAAGCAGUAAUGAGAGGGUGGGACCCCGAAUGGCAAGCAUGGCCUCUGAAAAGGGGGAUAAUUGCACAAUUGGAAAAUUCUAAGUUGAUAAAGAAAGACUAACAAAAUAACGGGGUUACAAUCCUGGGUUUAUGAAUUCAGUGCUAAAUUCAAGCUGCAGGGGGGGAAAUACCUGAUUUGAUGCAUUUUUUUCUAUGCAAAUGCUUUCCUAAAUGGGACAAGUGAUUGAGAGCUAAGGAGAGUCGCCUGACUGUGAGAUGGGCGGCAAAUAAAUUUAAUAAAUAAGUAGAUAAGUGAACAAGAUAGUAGCAAACCUGCUUUCUCUUCACACACACCCUGCAAAGAGAUGGAAAAUCCGAUGAGAGGCAUGCAUGUGUGAAAAUUAUCAUGGCUUAUUGGAUACUCUGUUCUUUAAAUUCUUCAAAUUCUUUAGAGAAAAGCCCAAACGUAUGCCCGAAGGUGAUUGUCAGCUGACCACAAGCCGUAACCAAGUUUGAUCUCUCUGCCUUUAGGGAAAUACCUUGAUCUGCCAACUUUCUAUGCCAGGGGUCGGCAACCUUAAACACUCAAAGAGCGAUUUGGACCUGUCUUCCCACAGAAAUAGAUGGGGAAGAAAUGGAGGAAGUGACAGAUUUUAUUUUCCUGGGCUCCAAGAUCACCACAGAUGGGGACUACAGUCAAGAAAUUAAAAGACAUUUGCUCCUGGGGAGCAAAUCUAAAAAGACAGCAUUCUAAAAAGCAGACAUCACUUUGCCAACAAAAGUGCGUCUAGUCAAGGCGAUGGUUUUCCCAGCUGCAAUGUAUGGCUGUGAAAGUUGGACCAUAAGGAAGGCUGAGCACCAAAGAAUGGAGGCCUUUGAACUCUGGUGCUGGAGAAGACUCCUGUGAGUCCCUUGGAUUGCAAGACGAUCAAACCAGUCAGUCCUAGAGGAGAUCAACCCUGACUGCUCUUUAGAAGGCCAGAUCCUGAAGAGGAAACUCAAAUGCUUUGACCACCUAAUGAGAAGGAAGGACUCCCUGGAGAAGAGCCUAAUGCUGGGAACGAUGGAGGGCAAAAGUAGAAGGGGACGGCAGAGAACGAGGUGGCUGGAUGGAGUCACUGAAGCAGUUGGCGUGAGCUUAAAUGGACUCCAGGGGAUGGUAGAGGACAGGAAGGCCUGGAGGAAAGUUGUCCAUGGGGUCGCGAUGGGUCGGACACGACUUCGCAACUAACAACCCACAGAAAAUAAAACACUGGAAGCCACAAAACCCUUUUGACAUCUAAAAUGAAUAUAACAUUGCAUAUAUAUAUAUUUAACCUUUAUGCUAUGUAUAAAAAAAAUUACAGUGUGUUGCAUUUAUGAAAUGAAUGAACUGCUAUAGAGAGAACAAAUUUUUAUUUCUGCAUGCAACAAAAACAUUUUGAACUCCCCCCCCCAAAAAAAGAUGAGUCAAAAGCCUUCAUAAAUCGCGUGCCGGCGGAUGUCGCACAUUGGCGGUUGUGACGCAUAUUUUGAGCGACGGAGCCGCAGCAGAGGGAUGAAAGAGCCACACGUGGCUCCAGAGCCACGGGUUGCAGACCCCUUUUCUAUGCAGAGAAAUAGGUUCUCCUGCCAAAGAGACAAUUGGAUCUUCUCCACUCAUUCCUGUACAUUGAUGCUCAAAAGUGCAGCUGAUCUAACGUUUUUUUUUUUAAUUUGAUUUAUAUGCCGCCCUUCUCCGGAGACUCAGGGCGGCUUACAAUGCGCUAAGCAAUAGCCUUCAUUCUUUUGUAUAUUUAUACAAAGUUAGCUUAUUGACCCCACAAACUGGGUCCUCAAUUUACCUACCUUAGAAAGGAUGGAAGGCUGAGUCAACCUUGAGCCUGGUGAGAUUCGAACCUGCAAUAAUUGCAGGCAGCUGGUCUUAUUAACUGGUUAUUAACAGGGUGCUUUAGACCACUGUACUACCAAGGCUCUUUUUGUAUGCCAUUUAGGCACUUUCGUAAAAAUCUGGAUAUCAAGAAGGAUCGUCCAUUGUGAUCUAGCAUGCUUUGUGGGAGCAUUUGGAUCCUGGCCACUGCAUUUUAUCAUUUUGAAACAAUGGGGUUAUUUCUUGGGAUGCAGAAGAUCGCCAGAGGUUCCCACAGCCAAACGCUUAAGAUCAGGGAGGACAAUCUGUUUGCGCAAAACCGCCUCUGUGCGUGACUCAAACUUUUGGAGCCUUUGUUUGAUUUUCUCUCAGCCAGGGAGCGUAGAAAGCUCCUGAGCAGAUCAAGGUAUUGUUCCCAUUGGAUCAAAGUUCAAAUAAACAGAUCCAGACUGUGA